UGAUUAAAACUAGGUAUUUAUUUUACGGAUGACACUUUUAUUUAUGGAAUAUAAUAAUAGUCAGGUUCAGACAGCCAAACCAGACCGUAGCUGACUAUUUUAACUUCUUACCAACUGCCUUAGUUAAACAAUAGACCUAUACCCAAGGUAUCCAGGUGCAAGGUUCAUUUACAUUGGUUUAUGGAAAUUGGUUAAUUUAUCGUGUUAAAACCCCUGAAGUGAGCGCAAUACCCGUUAUCAGAACCAGAUCUUUAUUGCCCAUUUCCAAUUCCUAAGAACUUGUGCAACUAUGUGUAACCAGCUCACGGGCACACGUCAGCGUAUCUCGUGCCGCUAACAACCAAUUAACCGACUAAAACACAAUAAAAAUACACACAAUGAACAAAAGCAUGAAGCCAAGCAGAGCGAAACGACCGAAUCCGAACCACGACACGAAAAUGCGAAAUACUUUCACGAGUUUCGUCACAAUCAUUGUAUUUUUGAUAGCCAGCAUCCUAUGCUUCCAGCCUAUGACUAAAGAGGAACAUAUAGAACAGUUUAACAAGAUGGAUGCUGAAGUGGAACCGUUCAGGAAGAAUUUAACAGAAUGCGCGCGGCAAGUAAAAGCUUCUAUGACGGACGUCGAAACAUUCCUUAAAAGGGUACCCCAGUCAACGCUGCAAGGCAAAUGCUUCGUCGCUUGCAUUUUGAAACGUAAUUCCAUUAUCGUGAAGAAUAAAAUAGUCCCGAGGAACCUUCUGGAUGCAAAUAAAGCUGUAUAUGGAGAUGAUAGUGAAGUGUUAGCGCGUUUGAGAAGCGCUAUUAAGGAGUGUUUGAAAGCUGUUGAAGGGAUUUUUGAGAUAUGUGAAUAUGCGUCGGUUUUUAACGAUUGUAUGCAUAUGAAGAUGGAACAUAUCCUGGAUAGAGUGACGAUGGAAAGGAGGAUGGAGGCUCUGGGACAGAUGACGUCGAACCCUGACGUGUGGACAGACGAGGAUGAUGAGCUAUUGAAACUUGUUAAAGACGAGCUUUAGUAAGUGUGUAAACGCCUGUGUGAAAGUAAUAGCAAUAAAGUGUAUUGUGUGCA